UCUACAACACCUGUCUCAGCCCCUCUAGCUUCUUACUCAUGGGCAUUCCUCAUCUGGAAGCAGUCCAUGCAUGGCUGUCCAUCCCGUUUGGCUCCCUGUACAUUAUGGCAGUGCUAGGGAACUGCACCAUCUUCUUCAUCAUCAAGGCAGAGCCCAGCCUCCACCAGCCCAUGUAUCUCUUCCUUUCCAUGCUGGCUGUCACUGACUUAGUGCUCUCCUCCUCUGCUCUGCCCAAGCUGCUAGCCAUCUUCUGGUUUAACAGCAAAGAGAUUGGCUUCCACUCAUGCCUCCUGCAGAUGUUCACCAUUCAUUCUUUUGCCACUGUUGAAUCAGGGAUUUUUCUGGCUAUGGCUUAUGACCGUUAUGUGGCAAUAUGUACCCCACUGAGACAUAAGGCCAUUUUAACCCAUUCAACUGUUGUUAAGAUUGGAGUGGCAGCUGUCUUGAGAGGCUUCCUCUAUAUCUCACCUCUCCCUUUGCUUGUGAGGAGACUGACUCAUUAUCAUACCAACAUCAUCGCACACUCUUAUUGUGAGCACAUGGCUGUGGUGAUGCUUUCCUGUGAUGACACCUCCAUCAGCAACAUCUAUGGAAUGGCAAUUGGCUUUCUGGUCCUCAUCAUUGAUUCCCUGGGCAUUGGUCUGUCUUACGUCUUGAUCCUCCGGGCAGUGAUGAAUUUAGACACAGCAGAGGCCCGGCUCAAAUCUUUUAGCACUUGUAGCUCCCACAUUUGUGCUAUCUUAGUUUUCUACAUCCCCAUAGCCGUCUCCUCCCUGACCCACAGAUUUGGCCAUCAGGUGUCUCCUCCGACUCAUAUUCUUCUGGCCAACUUCUACCUCAUCUUUCCCCCUGUCUUAAAUCCCAUUGUUUAUACUGUCCGCUCUCAAGUAAUGCAGAGGAAGUUAGUCAAGAUGCUAUCCUGGGCCCAGAGGCUAAUCAGAGGCCGUUUGUGA